AUGCCUGGUCGAAAAAUUCGAUUGACAUCUGGUUCAUCACUUAUUAUUAUUGGUACUUCAUUAACAAAUCUAUCAUCUAAAACAAUCAAAGUAUCGAGUGCAUCGAAAACAAAACCACAUAAUCAUCAUCAUCAUCAUGCAACAAGAUCAUCUAAAACAUCAGCUACAACAAGAGUGAUACAUAAUGAUAAUGAAAAUUUAUCGCCGAUCUUUUCCAAUAAAUCAAAAUCAAGUGGUAAUAAACAUCGUAUUGGUAGUAAUCAUGAAGGUGAUGAUACCGAUACUCCAUAUGAUCUUAUUGAACAUGAUGUAGCUGGUUUAAGUUAUACAGUUAAUUUACCAAAACCUGAUUCAUUUGAUGCAUUACAACUUGGCAGUGAUAGAUUACGAACAAUAAUUGCUGCUUUUCAUUGUAAUAUACUUGUACGUAAAGAAGAUCUUGUCAAAAAUUUGGAUUAUGUAGCAAAUGUUCUUGAAGCUGUUCAUCAAGAUGAAACAAGACGAUUAAUGGAAGAAGACGAUGGUGCAUUAUCAGAAAUUGAGCCAGAUUCUGUACCAAAUGAAGUACGAGAUUGGUUAGCAAUGACAUUUACUCGAUCAAUGUCAACUAUUAAACGACGUCCAUCAGACAAACCAAAAUUUAAAAGUGUAGCACAAGCUAUACGUGCUGGUAUUAUGGUCGAUAGGGUUAUUAAAGAUUGGUUUCUACAAGGUAAAUUAAAGGUAUGA